AUGGUCGCGCUCGGGUGCCAGGAGCGGAUGACCGCCCCCACGGCACUGAACGAGCGUUCCUCGCGGUCGCACGCGGUGUUCUCCUUGCGCAUCGAGCGCAGGGGAACGAGCAGCAACCUGACGCUCCUCGACCUUGCCGGGCGCGAGCAGGAGAAGAUGACACAGUGCCGCGGCGAGAAUUUCAGGGAGCUGACCGUCAUCAACCGCUCGCUGUUCCACCUCGCGCACUGCGUCCGCGCCCUCACCGCCCCGGGGGGCAAGGCCAGCUCCCCGGGCUUCGGGAAGGACGGCCACUGGCACCACUUCAGGAACUCCAAGCUCACGAUGGUGCUCGGCCAUGCCCUCGCCGGCAAUUCCCACACUGCCGUGGUGUGCACCAUCUCCCCGGCGCGUGGCGCCUACGAGGACUCCGUUGCCACGCUCCGCUUCGCCGAGUCAGUCAAGCAGGUGCGGACCAAGCCGGUGCUGCAGAGCGGGAGGCGGGAGGACCUGGUGUCCGAGCUUCAGAGCGAAGUGCAGCGCCUGCAGGGCGACUUGCUCAGGGCGAGGUCGAGCCGCGCGGAGCUGGAGCUCCACCUGGAUGAGGCGAGGGCCAUGAUGGACCACUACUGCGGCCGCAGCUUCUGGCAGGACGUAGCGCAGUUGGGCUCCCCGCUGCUGGAUGCCGGGACGCCCGAGGCCAGGCGGCUGUCGGCGUUGCGGGAGGAGGGCGACCCGGACUACCAAGUGGAGCCCACGGCGUCCUCUUCGUCAAGCAGCGGCAGCGGCAGCAGGGCGCAGCCGAGUCAGCAGCCGCCCUUCCUGGCGCUGUCUCAGGUGCGCGCCCCGCCCUGCCCGCUACAGGACGGCUCCGCCGACGCCUCGAGGAACCCCGAGGAUCUGCGCAUCGCCGUCGACCUGAUCGAGAGGCUGCGGUCGAAGUUGAGCGACGGCAGGCAGACGCCGCCGCGGGCAUCGUCCGUGCCGCGGGGCCGCCGCCUCGCGGCGGAGGUGCAGGCGUCGCCCGCAGAGGAUCGGCAGCAGCGGUUCGACUGGAAGGGGCUGGCCGACACUCCGAAGAAGCAGCCCGCCUCCGCUCUCAGCCUGGACCCCUGGGCGUCCUACACGAAUCUCAGCCUUCAGUCGGAGGCCUCCUCACCUCGGAGCGCUCGCGCGGGGGGCACGUCCAAUUCCGCCUCGGACCCGUGGCGCGGAGGCGUCGAUACAGCGGGCCUGAGCGUCAGCACCGCGCUGACACAGGAGGGCGCGGAGCGGCAGCCAGAGGAGGAGCUGCUGUGGGUCAUCGACGCGUGGCUGGCGAGGCCGGAUCUCGCGCCCGAUGAGGCGACUGGGAGCCGGUCCAGCCUCUCCGUGGUGCUGCGGCAGCUGCAGUCCCAGUUGUUGGAUCUUCGAGCCGCCAGCGCCAAGCUGAAGCGCGCGCAGGUGCCAGAAUGCAUGCCAGGUGCUGCGGACCGCGCCGGCAGCAUGACCGCACGCUCGCAGCGCAGCGGCUGUGCCACGCCCAGCGCGGCCGGCUACUGGAACCCGUGGCUGCCUGGUGGCGGCGCCAGUGAAUGUAUGAAGUCGGCGCGCUUGCGCAGCACGUCGCCUGCGCCGAAGACGUCUGCAGGGCGCACGCCCCCGUGCGCGCCGCCAGACUGCAACGCUGGCAGCGGGGCGGGCGACAAGCUGGGCGCACUGUUGAAGGAGGCGCUCGUAGGCCCGCAGGACGACGGCUGGCACGAGGCGGCAGCUCAGGCAGCGGCUGCGUUGUCGCGACAGGUCUCCGCGCAGGCUGCGUUGUCGCCAGCGGCCGCUGCGGCAUCGCCAGUCUCGACAGGCAUCCGCUCAGCUGCAUCAGUGGCGCCGCCGCGCUUUGUGAAGGCCUCGGCCAGCUAUUAUGCGGGCAGCGUGUCGCCAGCCCGGGCGGCACGCCCGGCGCAGCUGCGCAGCGCCCAGGUCGCACAGCGAGCCCUCGCAGGCCCCGCCGCCCCGCAGAUGGCGCAGCCCUCCCCGCGCCUGCGGUCCCCCGCCCCUGCGCGAGCAGCCGCUCCGCCGCUCCUGUGGGCGCUGCCUCCGCAGACCCCGCCGGCGCAGCCGCGGGCGUGCACGCCGGGGCCCCACGGCUCCGCGUCGCCGCGGCUCGCGCCUCGGCAGCUGGCCUCCCCGUGCCCCACGCCGCGGGUCGCCGCCGCUCUGCCGGUGCUCUCCGCGGUGGCGGCCGUGCCGGUGGCGGUGCCGGCGCUGCCCGGCCCCGCGGCGGCGCCCACCCCACGCGCCGCCGGGCCUCUCGCGCCGCAGCUGCGCCUGUGGCAGGCCCUGCCCACCGACGGCUUCGGAGGGGACGCGCCCUCGCCCCGCCUGCGCACGCCCCUGCGGCAGAUGCCCAGCCCGAUCGCGUCCCCGUCCCUCGCCACCCGGCUGUUCGCGGCGGGCGCCGCAGCCUCCCCGCGGCCUCCGUCUCGCGAGGCCCGCUCCGCCUCGCGAGGCCGGGCGCCCUCGGCGCCCCCGUCGCCGGCGGCGCGCGGGCCAGGCGGCCCGCGGGCCGACAGCCUGAGCGCCUCCGCGCGGAGCCGGUCUGGCUCGUGCAAGGUCCGGCUGUGA